UUCUUUUUGGCGUGGCUUCGGUUGGGAGCGGUCGUGCUUAGUACUAGCUGUGCUUGCGUCAAAAUAGUAAUUUAGUAAAUCUGAGAUAUUUUGAAGUUGUUAUUGUGAGUUUAGCUUAGUUAAUCAGAUAAUUAACAUGAGGCCGCAACAAAACGGCGGUGACGAUGGUUUUGAUGAGCCCGAGGUGCACCGGAAGAUUUUCAUCGGUGGUCUCAACUACAGAACCACCGACGAAUCGCUGAAAUCUCACUUCGAGAAAUGGGGUGAAAUCGUAGAUGUCGUUGUUAUGAAGGACCCUAAAACCAAGAGAUCGCGUGGAUUUGGAUUUAUCACAUACUCGAAAGCGCACAUGGUCGAUGAUGCGCAGAACAACAGGCCGCACCGCAUUGAUGGCCGUGUAGUUGAAACCAAACGUGCUGUUGCGAGACAAGAUAUCAAAAAUCCGGAAGCUGGUGCCACUGUCAAGAAACUGUUUAUCGGUGGCAUCAAAGAUGAUCAUGAUGAUGAACAAUUGCGCGAGUACUUCUCCAGCUAUGGAAACGUGCAAAAUGUCAGCAUCGUCACUGAUAAGAGCACGGGCAAAAAACGCGGUUUUGGAUUUGUCGAAUUUGAUGACUAUGACCCUGUUGAUAAAGUUUGCUUGAAUGGCCCACACAAGAUUAAUGGCAAACAAUUAGAUGUCAAGAAAGCCCUCCCGAAAGAUGGCCCUGAGCAACGAGGAGGAAGACAAGGUCCUGGUGGCAGAAAUGAUAACUGGGGCAAUGGUGGUGGUUAUGGUGGUGGUAACCAAGGUGGAUGGAACAAUUCCAACCCUUGGGAUAACAACCAAGGAGGUGGUGGUUGGGGAGGCAACCAGGGAGGAGGUGGAGGCGGCGGCGGUUACGGGGGUGGUAACGGCCGCGGAGGUUGGGGAAACCAAGAUUUUGGCAACUAUAGCCAGCAGGGUUACAGUGGUGGGCCAACAAGAAACCAACAGUAUGGUGGCAACAACCGUACUGCGCCAUACAACAUGAACCAAGGCGGUAACGGCGGAGGCGGCGGCGGCGGUGGUGGUUACGGCAGCGGCAACUAUGGCGGCGGUGGCCAAGGAGGCAGAGGAGGACGAUUCUAAUACUCAUGUUUCGUGCUAAGUACACUAGUAAAGCAGUGUUAACCGCUAGUGUAGGCAGUACGCUCCGGAGCACUAGAUACACACCUCAUGGUCCACCCGCGAGACCACCUAGGAGAAGGCGUCAGGAAACCCAUAGAAAUGUAGCUGGAGCUCUUGACUCUUUAUCUUUUAGAAGAAUAUGAUUAGAAUACUUUUAUGUGUACUGAUUUGUAAGAUGGUCUUCUAUUUAUUGUAGUACUUAGGUACUUGUCGUGACAUACUUUUAAGGAUAUAUAGCAAUGUAAAAAAAUGAGAAUUAGUUACGUUUUUUACGAAUUAAGUACAAUUUAGGAUAAUUCCUCAUAUAGACGCUAGGUGAACAAGAUCAGAGUUUUAGUUGACAUAGAAUGAAGUGAAUCAUGAUUAUUUUAAUUUUCCUGACCUUACUCAGUAUUAAGUUCUCAAAUAGCUGUUAUAUGAAAAUUUAGGUUUAGUAUUAUGGACUUUUAGGCUAAUUUAAAUGUAAAAAAUAAAAUUUAAUAAAAAAAUAGUAGGGUUGUUUCUUUAGAUCUGUACAUAUUCCUCUUUUGUUUUUUUUUUAUUAUUUUUUACGUCAGCACUGUACACGAUUUGUGCAGAUACUAUCAGUAAUUAAUUUUACAAAAUAGUGGCUGACUUUCCUAAUUUUAGGUAAAUAUGUAGAUGUAAAUAAAUAAACAAUAUUUUGUCUUCUUAGUUAUUGUUGUACAUGUUAUUAUUUGACCCUAGAAUUGUUACGAUUAGAUAAGCAUCGGAAACUGAAAUGGAAAGCGUUCGCUUAUAAAACCUUCCAUAACUACGGUACCUAAUGACUGGUUUAUAACGGUAACUGUUAUAACAGUAAAUUAGAGGCACACUUUCAUUGACACCAAUGUACGAGUAGAUGUUCGUCAUCGCUUUGUGCAAAAAAUUUUAACAAGAUUCGGUUAUGUACACGCAAGCUCAAGACAAGUAAUGUAUGUAGAAAGGUAUGUAGUAGGUUACUACCCAUUAUUUUAUUCGUUGUAAUGUUAGGUUUUACUACGUGGGAUCAAAGUUGGAAAUGAUUUUCGUAAUAAGUAGGAACUUAAUUUGUUAUGCUCACAUGGGCUAGGCAGUUAUGAGGCAAUGCAUACCUGAUCCAAUGCCGAAAUAUAUUUGUAAGUUCUUAGGUGGUUGAUAUUAGAUCUUUCCAAUCGCGUUCUAUACUUGGCUAACGGGGCGUCUCAUCCACAGACGUACGAAUGUCAUUCAUAAUUUAAACUGUUUUUCAGUGGUCAGUGAUCAAAAUAUUACCUACGUGAUGCUACACUCUGAUAUCGAUAUGAAGAAAGUGUAAGAUUGUUCUAGUAAUUUAAAAAUUAGAAGCGGUUUUUGUUCUGUCAAAAGAAAAAGACGACUUAGUAGUAGCAGCAUUCUGUACAGACUAAAAGAAAUUAAACGUAUAAAAACAGGCUUGCACUACGAUAACUGCAAUUGUUUUGAUCCAGCUACAUACAUUCAUUUAGUAGCAGCAAUAAGAGUCUGUAAACGAAAAAGGGAUUAGCCUAACCUUGCGACCAUUACAGAUCUAUUAUUGCUAAUGAAAACCUAGUAACCAAUCGCCGUAUCAGAAAAUUAUGGAAAUGAUUUACCAAGAUUUGAUUCCACCCUUCUGAAUUAAGCUAAAUUUGUAUUUCGUGUAGGCUACUACAACUUCAAGUUUGGACUGGUUAGUAGCAAGGACUUACUUAAAUUUCAUUUUCGUUCUAUUUGUCUAUAGAAGUAAUUUUGCCUGAAUCAGAUGGUUAUUUUAAGCACCACCGAUCGCCUGUGUCACUAUUUUAUAGUAGCAGAUCAAUGAUAAUAGGCAGGGUAAGAGCCAAGCUAUUACUUAUUUUAACUCUUUACCAGGGCUUGACUCGAGUCGCACAAGUAGGAAGCAAGACAGGAGAUCUGUUUUCGUCGUUAAAAAAAUUACCUGAAGUCUUAUUAAGUGGUUCUAUUGCUUAGUUAACUAAACUUGAGAAGCUACGACGAAAGAAGAUGCAGCUAAGCAACAAAAUAGGCUAGUAGGGAGAACUAAUUGUAUUUUCAUCACUCAUCUUCCCAAGUUCAAUCACCCACCUGGUAAAGAGUUAAACUCCGCUGUACUGUAGGCUAGUUGUGGCAUUCCCUAUUUUUUUUUCUUUUUUUAUCUGUUGCAUGUUCGUUAGCUGUACCAUUUUUUUUUCUAAUCAGUUAAUUUUAUUUUCAUGAUAAACUUCGGGGAUAUGGGGUCUAAACGAUCUGCGAAGUUCCUCUAAGGUAAGUCUGGUUAAAUAUUUUUGUGAUAUUUAAAUACAGUGUGCUCCUUUUCAAAUAAAGAUAUCCACUUCA